AUGAGCGCAUUGACCGAGUUUGAGCCGUUUGUUGACAAGACCAUUCAGACUUUCUUUGCAAAGCUGGAUGAAUUUGUCGCACAGAACCAGAUCUGCGACAUCGCCUCUUGGUUGCAAUACUAUGCAUUUGAUGUUAUUGGGGGGUCGACGGGUGCUGUAGCUCGCUUUGCGCGUGCUCGACUAGAUGAACGACUCCGAGAAGCAUCCAACGAGAAGAAUGUCAGCGGAUUGUCCCAGCCACCACAUAGGGAUUUCUUGGCUCGCUUCCUAGAGGCUAAGCAAGAGCACCCGAAAAUCGUGACAGACAAUCAGGUGUUAUCCUACACGAUCAGCAACAUGAAUGCCGGCUCCGAUACCACAGCUAUUUCACUUCGAGCAAUCCUUUAUUACACGCUGAAACAUCCCAGAGUUUCGAGAAAACUAGAUAAUGAGCUCAAAGUCGCUUACCAGGAGAAUCGGAUCUCCUGUCCAGUCUCCUGGAAGCAAAGUCAAGAGGAGUUACCAUAUCUCGAUGCCGUGAUCAAAGAAGCGCUCCGCCUGCAUCCGGCUGUGGGUCUGCUGCUGGAGCGUGUCGUUCCCGUGGGGGGACUCCAGCUUCCCAAUGGUGGACCGUUCUUACCUGCAGGAACAGUUGUCGGCGCCAAUCCAUGGAUUAUACACCGGCAUUCUUGUUUCGGUGAGAAAGUAGACUCAUUCAUCCCUGAGCGAUGGCUGCAGAUGAACGGGGAAUCAGAAAACGAGUAUCUAACCCGGAAGCAGCAAAUGCUGCGAGCUACCUUUACGUUUGGGUCUGGGCCUCGGACGUGUAUAGGGAAGAACAUCAGUCUGUUGGAGAUCUACAAACUUGUGCCGUCUCUCUUUUUGACCUACAAGAUCACUUUGAAGGAUCCGGAGAAGGAGUGGACAACGGUUAACGCGUGGUUUGUGAGGCAGAAGCACAUGGAUGUGCGGUUGACCCAUCACAAUUAA